CGGAGGAGAGCCGGCAGAGCCCCUGGCCCCGGAAGGAGGGCAGGACGGAGGAAGGCAGCGGGGUGCCCGGGCGCCAGGCCCUGGGUGUGGACGCGGGGGGCGUGUGCGCGCCGGAGAUGCCGCGGCCCAGCCCAGGGCGCUGACCACCAUGCCGUUCCCGCCCGCGCCGCCGCCGCCGCCCACCCCGGCCCCGGGGGUCCCCGCCGCGCGCCCGCCGCCCCGGAAGCCCGGGGCCCCACGCAAGGCGGCGGCGCCCGCCUGCGCCCCGCCCGGACCCUCGCCGCCCGCCGCGGCCGCCGAGAAGAAGAGGCGGCCUCCCGAGCGGCCCCCGGGGCCGCUGUCCAGCUCCUGGCCCUCCGCCACCCUGAAGCGGCCUCCGGCCCGCCGCGCCCCCGGCCCGGCCUCCCCGCGCGCCCCGGCCCCGUGCGCGUCCCGGCCGGCCGGCUCCGGCGACGGCCCCGCGGGGACCGCGGCCUCGGGGGCGCGGACAGCCGCCUCGGGCGCCGGGCCCGACGCCGCCCUGCGCUUCUCGCUGAGCCUCACGCCCGAGGCCGUGCUGGUCAUCCAGCGGCGCCACCUGGAGAGGCAGCUGCUGGCGCGGCCCCGGCGGGCGCCCCCCGCCGACGCCGGGCGCCCGGCCGCCCCCUGCCCCCGGGCCGCGGGCCUCGGCCGCCGCCCCGCGCCUCCGCCGCCGCCCGCCCCCGGCCCGCGGCCUGCCGACCUGCGCUCGCUGCUCAAGGUGUCGCUGCUCAACGAGCGGCACAAGUACGACGACGUGGAGUACGAGGAGGAGGCGGCGGCCGCCGACGAGGGCCUGGUGCGCAAGUGCACCGAGUGGCUGCGCGGCGUGGAGUCGGCGGCCGCUGCGCGCGACCGGCCGGGGCCCCUGGACGCGCUGCCGCACCUGAGCUCGCUGUGACCGCGCCCCGGAGAGCCGGCCCCGCGGCCACCACCUGCAGGGAAGAGGCCAGACGGCCGCGACCCCGCCCGCACCCUUCUCGGGCUCCCCGCGGCCCACCACCUGCAGAGGAAGGGGGAGACGGCCGCGAC